GCCGAACUUCGCGAAGCGGACUCUCUUGUCUCCAAGACCAGCCCACAACCAACCCACCUCCAUCCCUCGGUCCCUACCCCCUCCCUGUGGAUACGCCAUUGAUAUAUCCGGCAAGGCCACCCAGAUCAUUUGUCCCUUUUUGCUCCCCCUUCUUCUCUUUUACGGGGGAAUAACCACUUGAUCACGCCAGAGACGGACCUAUACCGACGACUUGUCACCGUUGCGCCGAACCGCUUAACACCACUUACACCGAACAUCACCAUCCACCAACACCACACACCGCACAUACACAACAACCGCAACAAUGGCAACCAAAGUCAACCAAGAUCCCAAGAAGCGGACUUCCGCUGCCACCAACCUCAUCGCUGGUGGUGGUGCCGGUAUGAUGGAGGCUCUCGUCUGCCACCCUCUUGAUACCAUCAAGGUUCGCAUGCAGCUUUCCAAGCGCGGCCGCGUGCCCGGCCAAGCCAAGCGUGGCUUCAUCCGCACCGGUGUCGAGAUUGUCAAGAAGGAGACAGCGCUCGGUCUUUACAAGGGUCUCGGUGCCGUCCUGACGGGUAUCGUCCCCAAGAUGGCCAUCCGUUUCACCUCGUUCGAGUGGUACAAGCAGCUCCUGGCCGACAAGCAGACCGGUGUUGUCUCGGGUCAGGCCACCUUCUUCGCCGGUUUGGCGGCCGGUGUCACCGAGGCCGUUGCCGUUGUCACUCCCAUGGAGGUCAUCAAGAUUCGUCUGCAGGCGCAGCACCACUCCAUGGCUGAUCCUUUGGACGUUCCCAAGUACCGCAACGCCGCGCAUGCGCUCUACACUGUCGUGAAGGAGGAGGGUUUUGGUGCGCUUUACCGCGGUGUUUCCCUGACUGCGCUCCGCCAGGGUUCCAACCAGGCCGUCAACUUCACUGCCUACAGCUACUUCAAGAAGUGGCUCUAUGAUUACCAGCCCGAAUAUGUCGGCCAGAACCUGCCCUCUUACCAAACCACCCUUAUUGGUCUCGUUUCUGGUGCUAUGGGUCCUCUCUCGAACGCUCCUAUCGAUACCAUCAAGACCAGACUCCAAAAGAGCGUUGCUCAGCCCGGCGAGACGGCAUUCCAGAGAAUUACCAAGAUUUCUGCUGAGAUGUUCAAGCAAGAAGGGUUCCACGCCUUCUACAAGGGCAUCACCCCCCGCAUUAUGCGUGUCGCGCCCGGUCAGGCCGUCACAUUUACUGUCUACGAGUUCCUUAAGCAGAAGCUCGAGCGGAGCGGUCCUGCUGCUUUGACCGGUGGAAGGUAUGAGGAGUGAUUUUGUGCGAAUUGAAAACAAAGCGAUGAUUGUGAUGACUUUACGAAAGAAGAUGAUGAUGAUGAUGGGUUGAGGCGAUUGGGAACAUUAGCCGAGGAUCCCUGUCGCGCGU